AUGAAUAUCACAGCUGCCACAAGGUUAGCACUCAGCAAAAAUUUGACUGUCAAGAACAAGUUAGUAGGAGCCUCGAAGAUUAGUUUCACUAGGCUAUUUUCAACAAAUAUGAGCAAAUCUGGUAUCUCACUUGAUAAAGUCCUGACUAAUCCAUGUGUUCUAAAAUCCACAGAAACAGUUUUGAAGACAGAUGUAGUAUUAAGAGCUCUGCCUUACAAAGUAACUUCUCCACAGCACUCAGAGCCACCAAUUCUGAUCAAUAAUGGAAAAGAAAUGACUCCAAGAGAGAUUUUUGAGGAGGACUUGCAGAGCUUCACUCCUCAAUUUGUAUGUGUCCAGAUAGAUCCCAUGAAGUACUCAAAGGCUAACCAACAGAUAGGCAAGGUUUACAUAAAGCAACAGCAGAAUAAGGAUGUUAAAGACGACAAAAAAUUAGAAGAGAAAAAUAACAAAUUUAUUGAUAAAAAGCUCGAUGGGAUGCUGCAUCCUGACCAUGGAGACUCCUCUCUCAUCAACAUGGGAAUUGCAGAAGGUUAUUUUGAUAUAAAGUAUCCUAAAUUUGCAGGCAAAUUUAGGCUAGAGAAAAUCUUUGAUGAGGAUUUAAAGCAGAUCAUCCCUAAAGUUCACAAAGGUACUGCUGAUGAGAAGGAAUUAGACAUAUUUAAUCAGAGGUUAAAGUCUGUGAAGCCUCUUCUAGACUUUGCCAUAAAUGAGUUCCAUGUGUUUCCACCCAAAGGCAAAGAUGUCUUCACCCCAGGCCCUUGAAUAUAUCAUGGAAUGGAGGAAAUUUAUAAGCAGUGAUUUUUCAACUUGAUUGAUAUCUGCCUGGUAGAAUACCCAGAGCCACUAUCAAGACUAUUUCUGCAUAAAAUUGCAGAUCUGGACUAUUAUAAAGCCAAGGAAAUCUAUGAAGGUGUGAUUACCUGUGGAGAAGAGCUAUCCCAGCGUUCUCAAAUGCUUGGAUUCGGACCAUUAGUAAGUAAGGCCUUUCAGAAGAGAAUUAUUCAUGAGAUUUUCCCUAAUAUCUGAGUCAACCCCAGAGAUGAGUACAUUGCAUCACAUAUCUACCAACUGUCUGAUAGAGGUUAUAAGACUAUGGUGUACCUCGGAGAAGCCAACUUUGAAGGUGUCAAGAAACUCUUAGAGGAUCCUCCCAAGCAUAUUAAGAUCCCUAAUACAUUAGCAAAUGCUGAUAUGAGUCUUUUUGAAGAAGACAUUGCUCCAAAAGAUCAAUAUGGCAAUAUCGAAGAUGAUCCAAUCAAGAUAGAGGAGAAUAGAACGAAGAUUCCAGAGAAUUGGAAAGACCAAAUCGAAGCUCAUGCUAUGCUAGAAGCUGCCUUUGGAACCAUGGCGUGGGGAGAACCUUACCUCAAAAAUCAAUUUCCAUACUUAAAAGUGUAUAGAGAGGACAUUCAUGAUGAUAUGUAUAUGAAAUUCCAACAAUACUUCAAGGAGAAAUACGUCGAACACCGAAAGCCGAUUGACAAGAUCUUCAAAUAAUUGAGUUGAUUCAAUAUUCCCA